AUGCUUUGGACUUGGCUCUUCAUCUUGUCCUAUGUAUUUGCACUACCUGAUCAGUCACAAUCAUGUAUCAGCAACAUCAACAUCCCCUUCACUGGAUACAAGGUUGAAUAUCAACUAAAUGUGAAAUAUUGGCAAGGAACAUAUCACUUAUUAUACUGUAAUGAUAACAAAUUGAUUUAUAAUUUGAAUUUGAAUGAAACUAUUCCUUGGACGCUGCCGGUAGUAUUUCACAAGAGUAGCUUAGGUGAAGGUGAUUUCAUACUAGCUCGCAGGAAAACAUUUGCGUUGCGGAGUUUCCCCAUUUUUCUCCCAAAUACAUUAGUGGGGUCUUUAUACUAUGGGGAUUCCUUAACUAAGAUUCAACUUUAUAACAAUACCGAAUCACAGUUCAAGUCGGUACCUUUGAUUGCCGCGAACAUUUUGAGAAACUGGUGUGAAGUGAGUUAUAAAUUGGAUAUAAUUUACCAUGUACCAGUAUUGACUACACCAGGCAUCGAUUCAAAGUAUUAUAAUUUUGGGUUCUUUGAUUCGUCACAGAAGCAGAAUGAUUGGGAUAAGUAUAUAUUAAUGCUGGAGAAUUAUGAUUAUAAGCAUGACCCACGUAUCUUGUUGAGAAAAAGUAUGGAUGGUCUUUUAAGUCAGGUUGAUAAAUUUAUUAAUGGGCAUAGAGUGUUGAAGACAAGGAUUUACCGUACAAAGACAGCCCAAAAUGCUACCAAAAUCUGGUGGAAGUUGAUCAUAUUGUCAAAAGUUGUUAGUGAGGAGAUAUUUAACAAGUUGGUGGUUAAACUAGACAAGCUCCUACAGUGA